AUGUCGCGGGACUUGCAAUCCCGCCGGUUCUCCAACCGGUCGAAUCGCAGCUCACGGCUACCCGUCUACACUGACGACGACGACGACGCGGCGUUCGAAGCCUGGCUGCGGGAGCAAGAGCGGGAGGAGGCGGGAGGGGGUAGCGGAAGAGGCGGAAAGGCGGCUAAAACAGGGAAAUCAGAUGUCAAAUCAAGGAAAACAGAUGCAAAAACAAGCGAGAAAAGAGGUGGUGGUAAGGGGAAGGAGAGGCGAUCAGAGACGGUGAACGCAGAACCCUCCGCGUCUCCAAGCGCAGCAGGGGGGGAAAAGCUGGAUGGCGCAACGACGGCCACGGGGAAGGGUGGGAAGGCGGGGGGAAGCGGAAGUGCGGGGAAAGUCGAGGGGAAGACGGGGAGGGGUGGCGAAGAGGCGAUGGAGGGGGUGGAGGUGGGAGAUGAGCAGGGGGGGGAUGAAGAGGCAGCUAAGGUGGAUGCUGACGUGUCAGAGGAGGAGGCUGAGGGGGAUGCUGACGUGUCAGAGGAGAAGGCUGGGGGGGAUGCUGACGUGUCAGGAGAGGAAGCUGAGGUGGCUGCGGAGGACGAUGACGUGUGCGAGGUGUGCGGGGGCGAUGGAGAGUUGCUGAUGUGUGACGCGUGCCCCGCUGUGUACCAUCUGUACUGCCUGCACCCGCCUCUCUCCCACGUGCCUGAAGGCGCCUGCACUGAGCGGUUUUUGGGCGUGAGAGAGGUGGAGCAGGGGGGCGAGGGGGGCGGAGAGGGUGGUGAGGGAAGAGAGGUGGCGGUGGAUGGGGGGACCAGAGAGGGGGUUGGUGAUGGCAAGAGGAGUGGCGAUGGUGGUAGAGAUGGCGAUGACAGUGGAGGGCGGGGUGAGAGGAGGCGAGUGGAGGAGUAUUUGAUCAAGUGGAGGGACAAGUCGCACAUUCAUUGCACCUGGUAUACUCCUGUUCCUCUUGUUGAACCUCCCUCCGACCCCGUUUCUCUCCCUCACACACGCUCCUUAACUCUCAUUCGGACUACUCGGGUGGGAGCUACAGCAUUGGAGGCAGCAGCAAAGAGCUUUCCGGGGCUUAAAGCCCGGAUGAGGAACUACCUGCGGCAGAGGGCAGAGGCAGCAGCACAGAGCGCGCUGUACGGGGAUGGGGAGGAGGACCCGGAGGAGAGUGGGGCGGUGCCAGUGCUGCGACCUGACUGGCUGGUUGUGGAGCGAAUUGUCAACGCCAAGAAGAACCGCAAGGGGCAGCAGGAGUACUUAGUUAAGUGGCGAGAGUUGGGGUACGACGAGGCUACCUGGGAGACAGAGGAGGAUUUGCGGAGCAAAGGAAGAGAGCCGGCCAAUGGCAUGAAAGAAGAGCAAAAGGAGGGGUUGAAGGAUGGGGCGAAGGAUGGUGAUCAAGGGAAGAAAGGGUCAGGAGGAGAUGGAAAAGGGAAGAAGGGUGUGAGAAAGAAAGGAGAGGAGGAGAGUGGUGAGGCAGUUGUAGAAGGUUUCGAGGAGGCUCUUAAGGAGUAUGAGGAGAUGAUGGCGAGAGGACCUAAAGCAGUGGCGUGGGGACUGGUGGGCGGGGGAGAGGGAGCGGGUAAGGAGGCAGAGAGGGGAGUGCAGAAGAGGAAGCGAAUGGAGUUCAAGGAAACACCCGGCUUUCUGAAAGGUAUGCUGCACCCGUACCAGCUGGAGGGGCUGAACUGGCUGCGAUUCGCCUGGCAGCAGAAGCAGCACGUGAUUCUGGCGGACGAGAUGGGGCUGGGUGACUGGUCGUGUUCUUGCAUCCCUCGUCCCUCAAAAGCCGUCCAUCUGUCUCUCGCCUUCCACCCUCCGCAGGCAACACGGUGCCUCACUGCACGAGGAGAGGCCACCCCACCACUCCCUAGUGCCUCUCUCAUCUCAACACCUGCUGCUGCUGCCUUCCCACCGUCGUCCCUCAUGCCCACCCAUCCAUCGCAGGCACGACGGUGCACCGUCUCGUGCAACGGCAAGACAGUGCAGGCAAUCUCCUUCCUCGCAUCCCUGCACGAGGAGAGGGCCACAGCACUCCCUCACAUGGUGGUCGUGCCGCUCUCAACUCUGCGCAACUGGCAGCGCGAAUUUGAAACUUGGGCGCCCCACCUGCGCGUGGUGAGUGCACAUGCUCUCGUAGCCCCUGCUGCGCUAGGCCCCUCAAUGAUGUAUGUGGGAACAGGGGCAGCAAGAGCAUUGAUUCGAGAACACGAGUUCUUCUUCCCCUCCUCCUACACGCCUCCCCCUCCUCCUUCAACCAAGGAUACGCGCACGCAAGGGAAGCAGGUGAAGGGCGGGAAGAAGGGGAAAGGUGGCGAGAAAGGGAAGGGUGGAGAGAGCAAGAAGCGUGGACACAAAGGGAAAGGUGGGAAGGUCGGGAGGGAGGUAUCACGACAGGUGCAGCGGCCCAAGAGGAAACGAAAGAGUGGGAGGAUGGUGCUGUCUUCUGAGUCUGAGAAGUCUGAGGAGCCCUCUGGCGGGUCAGAUGGGGAUAGUGAGGAUGAGGUGGAAGAGGUUGGAGUGCUGGAGGAUAUGGAGGGAGGAGGCGAGGAGGAAAGGGAGGAGGAGGAAGAGGAGGAGGAGGAAGAGGAUGAGGAGGAAGCGGAAGAGGAGGAGGAAGAGCAGGCAGGGAAGAGUAGACGCAGGCAGAUGGGGACGAGGGCUUCCCACAGUGUUACGAGAGAGCAAGAUAGGGAGGCAAGGAGCAGGGGUGUGAUGAGAAGCGAUAGUACAGGGAGGGAUGUUAGGGGUCGGGAGAAGGGCAGGCUAAGAGAAGUGAAGGGAACGAAGGAUCGAGGGAAGAAGAGAGGAAGGGAGAUGAAGCAACAGCAGCAACAGAAGGGGCGGAAGCGGCGGAGGGGAGAGUCAGCAUCGUCAUCAGAUGAGUCUUCUGAUGAGGAUGAUGAGGAGUAUGUGGUGGUGGCAGAGGAGGGGAGUGGGGAGAAGGAGAGUGAGGAGGAGGCGAGUGAAGAGGAGGGUAGUGAGAAUGAGGAGGAGGAAGAGGAAGAGGAGGAAGAAGAGGACGAGGAGGAAAUGCCACUGAGCAAGCGGGCGAAGGUCAGGCGCAGUGGGAAAGGCACUCAUCGUGGAAAGCGCGAGCCACGCAGCGCAUCAGCAGGCAGAAGCAGGGGGGGCGGCAGCAUCAAGGGGGGCAGCAAACGCAUUCCCCCUGGUGGGCGCAUGCAGCAGCAACAGCAACUGUCCCGGCAGGAGCGGGUGAGGUUUGACGUGCUUCUGACGUCAUACGAGGUGGUGAACAGUGACUCGCAGCAGCUGAGGCAGAGCUAUUCGUCCCUGCACCGCCUGCUGCUCACCGGCACUCCCCUGCAGGUGACUAGCGAGUUGUGCUGUGCCCAUUUCUGGCAUGGGGUUGAAGAGAGGGUGGGGUGGUGGGUAGCGUUGGUGCGGUGGGGGUGCGUGGUGGUGGACGAGGGGCACCGGCUGAAGAACAAGGAGAGCAAGCUGUUUGGGACGCUGCAGAGCUACUCCUCCCUGCACCCCCUGCUGCUCACCGGCACUCCCCUGCAGAACAAUCUGGACGAACUUUUCAUCCUCAUGCACUUCCUCGAUGCCGAUAAGGUGAGCGAUGGAGUGGAUGGGGAUGAGUUUGCGAGUCUGGAGGGGUUUCAGGGCGAGUUCCAGCAGCUGGGGCAGGAGGAGCAGGUGGCCAAGCUGCAUCACCUGCUGGCGCCACACCUGCUCAGGCGGCUGAAGAAGGACGUGUUGAAGCAGAUGCCGCCCAAGAAGGAGCAGAGCCAUGAAAAUGACACCCUCACCACCACCUUAUAUGUUGCUCUCCAUUUCUCUUUCCCCGUCCACUCUCCACCCGGUAUUCUCCCAGGGCUGAAGAAGGACGUGUUGAAGCAGAUGCCGCCCAAGAAGGAGCAGAUUCUGCGUGUGGACUUGGCGCCGCUGCAGCGCUCGCUGUACCGAGCUGUGCUCACCCGCAACUACCAGGCUCUCACCAAGGCGUCUGGGCAGCAGGUUCUCACCAAGGCGUCGGGGCAGCAGGUACGUUUUACGCAGGGAACGCUGUACUUCUGCUCCUUACUUAUAGCAGCACUGCACUGUGCUCACUCGCAUCACAACUACCAGGUGCUUACCAAGGCGUCCGGGCAGCAGCGUAUACGGCUGUUACCACCCUUUACUUACCUUCAUCUCCCCUCACGAGUCACAGGUAUGCCUGACCAACACAAUGAUGCAGCUGAGGAAGGUGUGCUGCCACCCGUGCCUGGUGAAGGGCGCAAAGAGUGUCACCUGUUCCUGCUGUGCCCGGUAUCGCUGACCAACACAAUGAUGCAGCUGAGGAAGGUGUGCUGCCACCCGUUCCUGGUGGAGGGCGUGGAGGGGGUGCUGUCUGCAUCGCCUCUUCUCAUCUCCCGUUGUUAUUACCUUGCCUUCACCCCCCCCCCAGGUCUCCCUCACAAACACAAUGAUGCAGCUGAGGAAGGUGUGCUGCCACCCGUUCCUGGUGGAGGGCGUGGAGGAGCAGCACGGAGGCGGAGAUACCCCAGCAGAAGCCAGCCGGUUAGUGACGGUGGGGUGGGGGGGGGGAAAUGGCCGCACAGAGAGACCACAGCUAAGGAAGAUGUGCUGGCACCCGUUCCAUGGAAGGGGCACGAGGAAGAAGUGGGAAAGGAGGGUUUUCACUCACCCUCUCCUGCUGGCACACUCUCACUCCAUGUACUUGUCUUCUUUCCCCGGCAUAUGGUAGCAGCAUCCUACUGGAUGUCGGUGCGACUUUUGAGGCGCAUGGUGGUGGCAUCAGACAAGCUGGCUCUGCUGGAGCGAAUGCUGGAGCAGCUCAAGGCCGGGGCACCUUGUGCUGGUGCACUCACCUUGCCCCUGUUCCCUCCCUGUCCCUUGUUCCUCUCCAUGCACUUCCCUCCCAGGCGCAUGGUGGUGGCAUCAGACAAGCUGGCUCUGCUGGAGCGAAUGCUGGAGCGGCUGAAAGCGGGGGGGCAUCGCGUGCUGGUGUACUCGCAGUUCAAACGCAUGCUGGACCUGCUGCAGGAGUGGCUCAUGGGCAAGGUGGGUGGCUCAUGGGCAAGCUGUGCUGGUGUCUCUGUGCUGGUGUACUCGCAGUUCAAGCGCAUGCUGGACCUGCUGCAGGAGUGGCUCCUGGGCAAGUUCAAGCGCAUGCUGGACCGACCUGCUGCAGGAGUGGCUCAUGGGCAAGGUGGGUGGCUCAUGGGCAAGGUGGGUGGCUCAUGGGCAAGGUGGGUGGCUCAUGGGCAAGGUGGGUGGCUCAUGGGCAAGGGCUGGGGGUGUGAGCGCAUAGACGGCAGCGUGAGCGGCACGGACCGGCAGCAGCGAAUCGACCGGUUCAAUGCUCCCGGGUCUAGCCGCUUUGUGUUCCUGCUCUCCACGCGCGCUGGUGGGCUGGGGAUCAACCUCGCCACUGCUGACACUGUGAUUAUAUACGACAGUAGUGGUGGGGUGGCAGUAGUGCACCACUCUCCCCUCCCUCUUUUCCCCCCACCCGCUUACUCCCAUCUACCCCCUUUCCCCACUUUUCACCCAUUCUCCCUGCCCCAUGGCAGUGACUGGAAUCCGCAUGCAGAUCUGCAGGCCAUGGCUCGCGCGCACAGGCUGGGGCAGACCCAAACGGUGAUGAUAUACCGGCUGGUGACGCGGGCAACAGUGGAGGAGCGAAUGGUGCAGAUGAGCAAGAAGAAGAUGGUGCUGGAGCAUGUGGUGGUGGGGAAGCUCAAACAAUCCAACCUCAACCAGGAGGAGUUGGAUGACAUUUUGCGAUUCGGAGCAAAGGAGUUGUUUGAAGAGGAUGAUGAGGAGGAGGACGAGGGGAAAGGAGGGGAGGAAGGGGAAGAAGGGAAAGAGGCAAAGGAGGGAGAGGGGAAGAAAGAGGAGGAAGGUGGUGGGGAGGUGGCAGGAGACAAGGCUGGAGAAGGCAGUAAGGAUGCUGACAAGGACGCUGACAAGGAUGCUGACACGGAUGCUGACAAGGAUGCUGACAAGGAUGCUGAGAAAGGAGCAGCCGGGGACGAGAAACUGAAGGAGAAGAAAAAGCAGAAGGAGAGCCGGCGGAUCUACUACGAUGAUGCUGCUAUUGAGAGGCUGUUGGAUCGCAGCACAGUGGGCGAGGAGCAGGCGCAGGAUGAGCCGGACAAUGACUCAACUACCUUAAGGCAUUCAAGGCUGUUGGAUCGCAGCACAGUGGGCGAGGAGCGGGCGGAGGAUGAGCCGGACAACGACUACCUCAAGGCAUUCAAGGUUGCCAAUUUCAGCUUUGUAUCCGAAGCAGAUCAAGCUGAGGCGGACGCAGAGAAGGAGAGAGAGCUGGAGCGGGAAAGGCAAAGAGAACAGGAGUUGGCAGGGGAGGGGGAGAGAGACGGCAAACGCUUAGACGCUGCAGGAAGAGCCGCGUACUGGGAGUCACUGCUGAAAGACAAAUACGAGGCGGAACAAAUAGAGGCGUUUUUGGAGCUGGGGAAGGGAAGGCGGGCGAGACGACAUGUGGAUUACACGGUUGAUGGGGAGGAGGAGGGGGAGCAGGCGGGGGGUAAGAAGGGGGAGAGAGGGGGGAAGGGGGAGAAAGGGGGGGAAGGGGAGGGGGAUGAGGCAUAUGAUGAGGAUGGGGAGGAGGACGACGGGGAGGAUGGGGAGAGUGAUGUGGAGCUUGAGGAGGAGAGUAUGGGGAGGGGUAGGAAGAGGAAGGUUAGGUACGGGAAGCCGGUUCCCGCUACCUCUCCUGGUGUUGCUGUGGGAGGGGCGGGAGGAGGGGGGAGUGCAGGGGAAGUGAGGAGGAAAGUGUGGCCGUUGAUGGAGGGGGCAUGGCCGUACACCAAGGUGCUGGGAUUCACAUCCAAGCAGCGCAUGACCUUCCAACAGCUCAUCAUGCGGUUCGGGAUCGGUGAUUUCAGCUGGAAGGAGUUCGUGCCUCGACUCAAGCCGCGCACCCUGCAGGAGAUAAAAGAUACGAUCAUCGCUCUUCUAUCCUACGUGACCCACCUUUCAUUCAUUCUUGUAACCUCAUUCAUGCUUCCUGUGUCCCCUACUCUCGCUCCUCCUCCUUGUCAUGACCCGUCCCUUGACGGAGUUCCCAAGGAGGGCGUGAGUCCCAAGGAGGUGCUCAUCCGCCUGGCCCUUCUGCAUCUCAUUCCCCUCUCCUUCCCCUCUCACUUCCCCCAUCCCCAUCCCCAUCUCCUCUUCUCCUCCCUCCCCACCUCCUUCGUCCUCCCCCCGCCACCAGACGGAGUGCCCAAGGAGGGCGUGAAUCCGCAGGAGGUGCUCAUCCGCCUGGCCCUGCUGCACCUCAUUCGCACCAAGGUGGCCGCGGCUGAGAGCACCCGGGAGAGGCUGCGGGAGAGGGUCAGGGCGAGGAGGCUGGCCAAGGGUGGGAGUGCAGAGGGAAGGGGUGUGGAAGAGAGGGAUGCAGACGCGAGUGGUGUGGAGUGUAGGGUCGCAGAGGCAGCAGCGGGAGGCGCAGCAACAAAAGAGGCAGCAGCAGCAGCAGCAGCACCUUUUGGGAACGAAGAGGCUGUUAGGAAGGCGGGUGAGGAAGUGUGCGGAGGCACGGUGGGCGAAGGAAAAGGGGAUGUGCCUUCAGAAAUGGAGGGCGUGACUUUGGGUGGUGGGGAAGGGGAUGAGAAGGGAGAGGGGGGGCGUGGAGGGGUGGCGGGGGAAGGGAAGGGGGAUGGGCGUUCAGAGAUGGAGGGCGUGGAGGGAAAUGCGAAGGGGGCUGAGAAGCGGGAAGAGGGAAACGUUGAUCUGGGUAUGAAGGGAGAAGGAGGUAAGGGAGAGGGAGGGAAGGGAGAGGAAGGGAAGGGAGAGGGGGGGAAGGGAGAGGAAGGGAAGGGAGAGGGAGGGAAGGGAGAGGAAGUGAGGGGAGAGGGAGAGGGCGACAAGGGAGGGAGGAGAGAGGGCGAGGUGGAGGGUGGUAAGGAUGAGGGUGAAAAGAAGGAGGGAAGAAAGAAGGAGGGUGAGCAGGAGGACGGGUUGGAAAAAGAAGCAGAAGCGGUGGAGCUGGGUUGGGAGGAGUUGCUGCCGGGGCUACCAGAGCACCUGAAGAGUCACAGCCAGUUGGCGCCGCUGUUCCGCACGCGGCACUGGCGGGCCGAGCACGACCUGCAGCUGCUGAAAGGCAUCACCAAGCACGGCUACGAGUGGUGGAGUGGCGUGGCAUUAUCAAUGACCGCUCUUAGCCAUGCCACUUGCCGCCGGCACGGCUACGGGCGGUGGAGUGACAUCAUCAACGACGAUAAAUUGGGCCUCGCUGACGUGGCACGCGCUGAGCUGUCGCUGCCGCCCGCCCCGCCCCGCAACAUGAUUGGCCUUUCCCUUGAGGACAUCCCGGCGAAUCCACCUACCCCAGUUGCCACCUCGGCUGCCCAGCCCACCAAUCCUGGUGAUGCACCUACCAGACCUAGUGCGGUGACCACCAAUCCUGUUGCUUCGACCACCGGUCCUGCUGAUGCACCCACCAAACCUGAUGCUGUGACAACCAACCCUGGGGGAGUGGUUGGUGGUGGGGAGGUUGCAAUGGGUGACGUGGCAGGUUCUAGGGCGGAGGGGAGAGCAGAGGGGAAGGCGGCAACAGUGCAAGAGGGUGCUGAGGGGGAUCGCAUGAUUGCGGGUUUGAAAGCUAAAACAAGUGCUGCUGCUGGUGCCAGUGGUGCUGAUGGUGGUGCUAGUGGUGUCGAUGAUGCUGAUAAGCGCGUGACGAUGGAGGAAGGAACAGAGGGAGUGAAGGAGGAAUUGAAGGAAGAAGUGAAGGAAGAAACGAAGGAGGGAGCAACCACGCAUGCUGCUGCUGCUCCAGCGGCUACCACAGCUGCUGCCCUUGCCAGUCGCCUGCAAGCUACCUCCUCCGUCAAGGCCCCUCAGAACCAGUCCGAAGCUGGAUUAGCAGCAGCUCAGAACCGCUCUGAAUCUACUUCCCAGGAGCCGCAAGAGGAGGCGGAGUGUGACCCGUAUGUAGCGCUCAUCCGCCGGCUCAACGCAGAAGCUGAGGCAGCUGCAGGGGAGAAUGCAUCCUCUGAUUCCAAUGCCGAAGCGGAGGCAGCUGUAGCAGAGGGGGAUAAUCCACCUUCCGAUUCCAAGGUCGAGGCUGUAGCGGUGGGAGCGGCUUGGGACAAUGCAUGUGCUGAUCCUGGGGAGGAGGUUGUAGCAGCCAGGGAGAGUGUGAGUGGCCCUGCGAAUAUUGCCGAUGAGGCUGUAUCGACGAAAGGAAGAGAGGUUGCAUCUGCCACGCGCUCACGUGACCCGGCUGUAGCAGCAGCAGGGAGUGAGACAGCGGAGGUGAGUGGCGCUACGGCUGAUGCUUCUGCUAAGCUCAAAACAAUACCUUCUGGAGCAGCAGAGCGUGAGAGGUCAGGCGCAUCUGGUGCAGCAGGGCCGUCUGGUGCAGCAGGGCCAUCUGGUGCAGCAGGGCCGUCUGGUGCAGCAGGGCCGUCUGGUGCAGCAUGGGCGUCUGGUGCAGCAAUAGAUUGUAGUGAAGAACCCAAGGCUGUUGCUAGCACUGCCGCUCCUGCUGCUCCUGCUGGUUCUGCCACUCCUCCUGCUCCUCCUGCAGGGUCUCUUUCUGCUGACGGUGGUUCUGUGAAGCAAAUCACGCAGGGCCACAAGGAGCCAACCACGCAGGGUCAAUCAGGCGGUGGUGUGGAUGGCGGAGGCAGCGCUGUGGGGAAGGAUCACGGGGAUGGUGUCAAACAAGCACGGGGACCCCGAGAGAAAGAAUCACCUCAAGAGGUGCAACAGACGAGGAUCCGAACCGUAAAGGGGCGAGGAGAGGGGGUUGAAGCAGAGCAACUGAAGGGAACAACGGAGUCCAGAGGAGGGGGGAAGACAAAGCAGAGGCAGGAGAGUGAGGAGCCCCCAGAAGGAGGUGAUGAGAUGGUGGUGGAAGUGUCACCAGAAAGAGAGCACUCUGUUGUUCAAGUUCCUGUAGCACCCCCGAAAAAGUCUCUCGCAUUGACCCAAGAGUUGGCUCGAGUGCCAGCAGAGAGAGGGGAGCCGGUUGUCAAAGAGCCUGUUGCGCCUCCAGAAAAGGCAAUGGGAUCUGGCCAGGAGGCCGCUGGAGUGCCAGCAGAGAAUGACAACACGGUUGCGGAGCCGUUGCAGUCACCUGAGAUACCGCCUGCAGUGCCUUCAGUGGCAGAGCAGGGCAGUGCGGGUGUGCAAGCGACUGGCGCCCCUCUCAUCCACGCUGGGGGGAAGCACGCGGCAGGCAGCAAAGCAAGUGGUGCUUCAGGGCCUGAUGAAAAUCACGCUGUUGUGGAACAGGGUGGUGGGAAGAAGAGUGUGGAUGGGAAGCGGGCUACAGAGGAGAAUGGUGAGCAGAGCUGCUCCGGUGAGAAGCACUCGGGUGGUGCAGGCAAAGAGGAGGCUCAUGUGGAGAGCCCACUUGAUGGAAGGUCCCAAAAGCAGGAGGAGCAGCAGCAGCAGCCGUUGGGGCAGCAGCAGCAGCAGCAGCAGCAGCAGCAGCAGCAGCAGCAGCAGCUGGUGUUACAAGGGGAAGGUGUGCCGGAUGUGAAACAAGAGCAGCAACAGAUGAGUGGAGCUGAGCCGGCAGUGGUGGCUGUAGAUGAUGAUGAGGAAAUAAUUGACUUGUGUGAUGAUGAUGACGAGUGA